CCCACGUGCGAAAUCCCCAGACUCGUGUCGCCCGGGACGCGGCCGCGCAGCUCCGUGCAAGCCAUGAAGCCAGGGUUUAGCCCCCGUGGGGGCGGCUUCGGCGGCCGUGGGGGCUUUGGAGACCGUGGAGGUCGAGAUGGCGGCCGAGGAGGCUUCGGAGGGGGCCGUGGGGGCUUCGGCGGGGGUCGUGGCCGUGGAGGUGGCUUCCGAGGAGGACGUGGACGAGGUGGCGGCCGAGGAGGUGAGGGUGGGGUCUCCCCAUCAAGGUCUCUCUCCCUUAUAGGUGGGGGUGGCCGCGAUGGGUUCCAGUCUGGGGGCCGGGGCCGAGGCCGAGGAGGGAAACGAGGAGGAGGCCAGUCGGGCAAGAAUGUGGUGGUGGAGCCUCAUCGGCAUGAAGGGGUCUUCAUCUGCCGAGGGAAAGAAGAUGCUCUGGUCACCAAGAACCUUGUCCCUGGGGAAUCUGUGUAUGGGGAGAAGAGAGUCUCCAUUGCGGAAGGAGAGGACAAAAUUGAAUACCGGGCCUGGAACCCCUUUCGCUCCAAGCUGGCAGCCGCCAUCCUGGGUGGCGUGGACCAGAUCCACAUUAAGCCUGGGUGCAAAGUGCUGUACCUGGGCGCUGCCUCCGGCACCACCGUCUCCCACGUCUCUGACAUCGUAGGCCCCGAUGGUUUGGUCUAUGCUGUGGAGUUUUCCCACCGCUCUGGACGGGACCUCAUUAACUUGGCCAAGAAGAGAACCAACAUCAUUCCUGUGAUUGAAGACGCCCGGCACCCGCACAAGUACCGCAUGCUCAUUGCAAUGGUGGACGUGAUCUUUGCCGACGUGGCCCAGCCGGACCAGACCCGGAUUGUAGCCCUGAAUGCCCACACUUUCCUACGUAACGGAGGACACUUUGUGAUUUCCAUUAAGGCCAACUGCAUCGACUCCACCGCCUCGGCCGAGGCCGUGUUCGCCUCAGAAGUGAAGAAGAUGCAGCAGGAGAACAUGAAGCCGCAGGAACAGCUGACCCUGGAGCCCUACGAGAGAGACCACGCGGUGGUCGUGGGCGUGUACAGGCCCCCACCCAAGGUGAAGAACUGAAGCCCCCUUGCCCACUGGAUGUUGAGACUGUUGCUACCAUUACACGUGUUUUUUUGUAUUAAAAAGACUCCUCCGUC